AUGGAUGCUCUGCGAGUCCGCCGGCGCCGGGGGCGGGGAAGCACUCGCUUGGCUGCGCGCUGGCCCCGCCCGGGCCCCGGCCGGAGCGCGGGGCCGCCCCCUUCCUCCCUCACUGGCGCUGGGCUGAGCCGGGAGCCGAGAAACGGAGCCGGUCCUGAGCUCCCUGUUUGGUUUUUGGGUGGCGGCAGCCUGAGGAGGAACAUGGCGCUCGUAGGCAACGGAGCCGACCAGGAGGCGGACGAGGACAUCUUUGAAGAUGCAAUGGAAACCAUUUCUAUGUUUUCUCGCACAGAUAUGGCAACAAGCAGCCGUCCCUUUGCAUCACUUGAUACAAAACUGGCCUCUGGACGGCUCGGAUCAUCUAAUGUGAGCAGGUCAACAUCAAACAAGGUGGAUCUCAAGUGUGGCCUAGAAGAAUGUGAAGUGGCAUUGAACUUAUUUCUAAGUAACAAAUUUUCAGAUGCCUUAGAAUUGCUUCGACCAUGGGCUAAGGAGAGUAUGUACCAUGCUUUGGGCUACAGUACUAUUGUGGUGUUGCAGGCGGUCAUGACCUUUGAGCAACAGGACAUCCAGAACGGCAUUUCUGCCAUGAAGGACGCAUUACAAACCUGCCAAAAAUACAGGAAAAAAUGUACAGUUGUAGAAUCUUUCUCAAGUCUUCUUUCUAGAGGAUCACUGGAGCAGCUGACUGAAGAGGAAAUGCAUGCCGAAAUCUGUUAUGCCGAGUGUCUCCUACAGAAAGCAGCACUCACGUUUGUGCAGGAUGAAAAUAUGAUCAACUUCAUCAAAGGUGGACUCAAAAUUAGGACAAGCUACCAAAUAUACAAAGAAUGUCUUUCUAUCCUGCAUGUAAUUCAGAAGAAUAAAGAUGAACAACAGUUUUUCUAUGAAUUUGAAGGGGGUGUCAAGCUUGGAAUAGGUGCCUUUAAUUUGAUGCUCUCCCUUUUACCAGCCCGGAUUAUCAGACUGCUAGAAUUUAUAGGAUUUUCGGGAAACAGGGAGUUGGGCCUCCUGCAGCUACGGGAAGGUGCAUCAGGAAGAAGCAUGAGAUCUCCACUAUGCUGCCUAACGAUACUAGCUUUUCAUACUUACAUCUCCCUCAUACUUGGUACAGGAGAAGUGAAUGUUGUGGAAGCAGAGAAUCUCCUCGCGCCCUUCCUCCAGCAGUUUCCAAAUGGCUCCCUCAUGUUGUUUUAUCAUGCCCGGAUAGAGCUACUGAAAGGGAAUGUGGAGGAGGCACAAGAGAUAUUUCGAAAAUGCAUUUCAGUUCAAGAAGAAUGGAAACAAUUUCACCAUCUUUGUUACUGGGAGCUGAUGUGGAUAUAUGUAUUCCAACAAAACUGGAUGGAGGCAUAUUAUUAUUCUGAUCUGCUUUGCAAAGAAAGUAAAUGGUCCAAGGCAACGUAUGUGUUCUUGAAAGCUGCAAUUUUGAGUAUGCUUCCAGAGGAGGCUGUCAUAGCAACGAAAGAGGAUGUAGUGUCUUUAUUCAGACAGGUGGAUAGCUUGAAGCAGAGAAUUGCAGGGAAAUCUAUCCCUACUGAGAAGUUUGCUGUCAGAAAGUCUCGUCGUUACUCUGCCUCGUUGCCUGCACCUGUGAAGCUCAUCGUGCCUGCCCUGGAAAUGAUGUAUGUCUGGAAUGGUUUUCCAAUAGUGAGCAAGAGAAAAGACCUUUCCGAAAAUCUGUUGGUCACUGUCGAAAAGGCUGAGGCUACUUUACAAAAUGAAAACAUGAGCGACUACUCUGUGGAUGACGAGUGUCUGGUAAAGCUGCUGAAAGGGUGUUGCCUGAAGAACCUGCAGCGGCCCUUGCAAGCUGAGCUGUGCUUCAAUCACGUCAUCCAAAGUGAAAAGCUACUGAAGUAUGACCACUAUCUAGUGCCAUUUACUCUGUUUGAGUUGGCCUUUUUGUACAAAAGCCAAGGGGAAAUUGACAAGGCCAUAAAGACCCUAGAAACUGCAAGAAACAACUACAAAGAUUACUCCAUGGAGUCCAGGCUACACUUCCGAAUUCAGGCAGCGCUUCACCUCUGGAAAACGACUUCCUCUGAUUGAUCAGAACAUGAAGGAUGGAGUUUUCCCUCAAUUAGCACCAACAUUUGCUAUAGAUUAGACCUUGUAUUAAAGUGGAAACUGGUCUUGUGAGUGAGAGACAAAAAACGAGUUUUACUGUCAAUAUUUUUUAUCAUCUACGUGGUUUAUGGUUGGUCUGCGUAAAUGUUUUUUUUUUCUUGUGAAACAAUGUUCAAUGUUCAGUACUAUCUAGAAAAUUCUUAUAUUUUGCCUCUCCAAAAAGAAUUUCAUAUUAGAUUUAAAUUGGAGAGUGAAGAAGUCUUUUAAAGGACUCACAGGUACAACAAAGUCUGAUUAGAUUAUUUAUUUUUUUAAUGUGGAAGUUAAUGUUUAAGUAACAAAUGGCUGAUAAAUUGAGCCACUUUUAGAUUUGUUGGUUAGAGAUAUUUUGUUGUCUACUAUUUAAAUUUAAGAGGGGAAAUAAAAAUCACCUACAUUCAAAAUAGAUUAACAAUAAAUAACUUGAAGUCUCCUGAGAGAGACAGGUAGUGGGUGUGAAUAGGGACAGGAUGAUGUCCUUAACGGGUUGAAGAGGAUCGUAUCUAGAAAGACGGUGAAAUGUUAGGUUUUGGGUUUUUUUUUAAUUCCUCAUGUAAGUUAAAGGUGGUGACAUUUUUGAGCAACUCGACUUUUUUUUUAAUGUACUGAAGUCUAUUAUAAAAACAAAACUCAAACUGUCUAAAGGGAAGAAAAAGUCCUAUUUUAGAAAUUAUCCUCAACCUUAGCCAUGAGAGUCUAAAAUACCUACGUUGAUUAUUUUUUUUAUAGGAAGCAAAAUUCCUGCUGCUUUAAAUAUGUAAAAUAUCAAUAAUUUUUAUACUCAUGAUGUUGGUGAGUAAGAUCUAAUUUUCUAAUCUCUCUAUCUAGCACUGUGAUGGUUCCUUGUAGAUAUCUGGACCGUGCUUCGUCCUUUAUCUGGGAAACCCAAUCAGGGAAGAAUGUGGGGAGAGCCUGGCUCUGCUAAUUCAUAGCAGUUACUGGGGUGACCUUUAGAGAGCCCCCUGCUCUUUGCAGCAGCAUAUUGUCCUCAUCUGUGAAAUGGAAAAAGAACAGAUGACUUUUCAAGGUCUCUUUCAGUUUUGUAACUCUGAGUCUGUGUAUUAGGCAUUGUCAGCAAAAAUGUCAAACUGUUUAACCCAAACUGGUACCACAAAGUGCAUGUCUUAUUCUACAAUCCUGUCUACUCCCAGUUCUCCCAUGUGUUGGAGUUAAUGACAGGAUUGCAUCCAGGGUGAGGAAAAAUAAUUCUUGGAUCCAUAAAGCAGGGUGUGGUCCUAUUUCAUUCCAUUUUGAAGAGUAACUUAUCACGGAAACUUAUGCAGUUUAACAGAACAGCCCCAGAUUGGAAGUCUGGAGCCCACCUCUGCUAGUCAGUAGUUCCUUGAUGUGGUGUAAGAUCCUCCAUUAUUUCUGCGACUCCAUUCCCCUCCCAUCGCCCCCCAGGGUGGGGGGCAGGGGAGGAGACAACACAACGCUUGGUGCUUAUGACGGAUCAGUUAGAUAAUCCCUGUGAUAGCUUUUGGUAAACUGUCAAAGGCUAUGUGAAUAUAUGAGUGCUGUAAUAAUUAUGGUUUUUAUGUGCUGAUUACAAUACCAAUACAAAAAUACUGGCUGAGUUGUGGUCUCUGAUGUAAAAUGACAGAAGUGCACAAAUUCCAACACUUCUAAACUUAUUCUUGUGUUUGACACUAACAAUAACCCAGAUUAUGAAUUUACUCCUUACUCUUCAUUCCCUGCUUUGUGAGUCUGUACCUGGCAGAUAUUUUGGUCUUGUUUUCUUUAAGGUACUAAUUCUUGACCAAUACUGAGGAUAUGUUUCCAGUGGGAGAUGAUUAAUACAACCUAAGUCAGAGAACUAGCCCUUCAGACAGCAUGGGGGAGCUCUUACUAUAUGCUAAUCAUAUGAAUUACAUAGCUUUAUUUUAGGUCCAGACAAGAGGAAAUAAAAUGAACCGUUAUUAAAUCACCAGUGGAAAUAUGUUUGAUAAUUAUUUUGUAUACAACUUGAAAAAUAGUUUUAAAAUGCCUUAGAAGAGCUUUGGUAGCAUUACUUUUUCAAAAUAUAAAGACCCAUGUUGUUUUUGUGAGAAGCUGCAGGUCAGAGCGAAAGUCAGUCAAAACUUCUCUUUCUGGUAUAAUUUGAAAACAAUAUGAGGUAUAGUGAUUAUUUUUUUAAAUUUUAUUUUAACUCUGUGUUACUAAACAAAUAUAAAAGAAAUUCCUAUGUCUCAUUAAACUUUUUCCUUUACUUUUUCUUAUCUUGUUUUUCUUUUUAUUUCCUAUUCUUUGUAUUUAAAUUCAGUUAACCAACAUAGAGAACAUCAUUAGUUUAUAUGUGGUUCAAGAAUUUAUCAGUUGCAUGUAACACCCACUGCCCAUCACCCAGUUACCCCACCCUCUCAUCCACCUCCCCUCCAGCAACCCUCAGUUUCUUUCCUGUAGUUAAGAGUCUCUCAUGGUUUGUCUCCGUCUCUCAUUUCUUCCCCUUUGAUCUUCUGUGCUGUUUCUUACCUUCCUCAUGUGAGUGAAACCAGAUGAUAAUCGUCUUUCUCUGAUUGUCCUGUUCUCUUUGUAAUUACCUGAUAAUAUGGAUAAUCAUCCAUUGACUUUCAGUGUUUAAUUGUUGUAAGAUCAUUAACACUACAAAUAUUUCUCUGUUUCCAGCCCUGUUCAUGAUACCCUGGUGGCAUAAGUUUCAUGUGGCAUCAUCUAAUACUGCUUUUUUGGAGUUCCUUUGGAUUCAGGGUGCUUUGUGAAGAAUGAGUGCUGAAGUGACAAUAUUUUAUCUAAUGUUUUGAGGGGCAUAUGUGAUGGGUUUGGGCUGCCAAUGUGUCUGACAGUUUGUGCAAUUUGUGUCAUUUUUGGUAGAAUUUUCUUUUCUUUCUUUCUUUCUUUCUUUUUUUUAAAUAGAGAGCCGGGGUUCUGAUUAGUGCUGUAUAAAUUUUAAGACUCAAGCAGAGGUUCUGCUUUGUAGGAUCAGUGACAAAGAAGGCAUGACUUCUGCUUGAUAAUUAAUGGAAGGUUGACUACAUCAACUCCUAUAUGGACAUAUAUUUUAAUGUUUCUGUGCUUCUCCUGGAUAUAAGAAGGUCUCAAGUCACAUAGGAAAAAGAAGAGCACUGAUUCUGUUUCCUCAACAAGUGGGUAGAAGCUAUAGGGAGGUGAAUUUCAAAUUAGUGUCAAGGAAGAUUUUUAAUCAUUGAAGCCGUCUAAGAGUAUAGCUAUCUCUUUGGCAAAAUAGGCAGGUUAGCAGAGCUAUGGUACUGUCAUUCCUACCUGGGCUGGGAACUUGUAGUUGAACUUUGAGGUCACUUUCUGAGUCUUUGAUAAGGGCUUCAAAUCAGUGGAAUGUGUAUAAAGGUUCACCCCUUCUGAAGACAAGUUGAGUGUUUCUUUUGAAGCUACUGUAAAUGUAGUUACAUUUUGAUAGUUCCUAAUAGUUCCUAUGAUCAUUAUGCUUCUAUUUCUCAUCCUUUCUUUAUUUUACUUUUUUUUUUUUUUUUAAGAGAUCUUAUUUAUUUGACAGAGUGAGAGUGAGGGCACAAUCUGGGCAACAGAGGGAGAGGGAGAAGCAGGCUUUCUGCUGAGAAGGGAGCCCGAUGAGGGGCUCAAUCCCAGGAACCUGGAAUCAUGACCUCAGCCAGAAGGCAGCAUCUUUUUUUUUUUUUUUUAAGAUUUUAUUUAUUUAUUUGACAGAGAGAUAUCACAAGUAGGCAGAGAGGCAGGCAGAGAGAGAGGAGGAAGCAGGCUUCCUGCUGAGCAGAGAGCCCGAUGUGGGACUUGAUCCCAGGACCCUGAGAUCAUGACCCGAGCCAAAGGCAGCGGCUUAACCCACUGAGCCACCCAGGUGCCCCCAGAAGGCAGCAUCUUAACGCACUGAGCCCCCCAGGUACCCCUCAUCCUUCCUUUAAAGUGACUGAAAAGAAUAAUUGGAAAGGUCUUUGUGACUAACUGGAAAAAAAUUUUGGAAUUACUCUGAUUAAUUCAUUGACUUUUCUUUUUACAUAUUUCUAUUUUUCUCCUAUUCUCUCCAUCCUUAUAAAUUCAAAAGCACUUAGUUAAAAUGAGUUAAUGAAGACUCCAGUGAUUGUUUAGAUGCCCUAAGAUUUUGUGAUUCAUAGGGCCUAGAAAGGGUCUUGCGAAAUUAUCUCCUCCCCCCUGCUCCCAACCUCUGGAUGGUUUUGUUUCCCCUCAGUCCUGUUCUGCCGGUGUGGUGACCACUGGCCACUUGGCACUAGCACUUGAAACAUGGCUAGUGGCAUGUGUUGGAAUGAUGCCGAGUGUGAGGGAGUGCUCUUUUAUAUGUGCUGCAGUUUUGUUCAAAGGAAAAAACCUCCCAAAAGCAUGCUUCCUGGAGUUUGGGCUUUUACUUGAUGUUGUUGUAUAUAGUUGUAUUUUCACUUCUGGUUCAAAUAUGUGUCUGUGAGGUUUGCUUUUUCUGUUCAAGUGCCCAUAAACUUUCAUUUCUUCAUUUUAUUCUGCAGAUGAUCAAGGUCAUCUUUGGUCUUUCUCCACUCUCCCAGAGCUCCUUAAAUACUAGACUGAGACUUUAUUUUUAACAUUACUAUUUUAAUCUGAUUUUACAAACGUUCCUUGCUUUUUCAGAAGCAGCAGCACAAACUACUAGAGUUGUAGAGUCACUCACCUUUGAGAUGUUAGUAGGUUUUAUGAUUAAAAUUAUACGUACACACACACACACACACACACACACACACACACAUAUAUAUAUAUAUAUUUUUUUUUAAAGUAGGCUCCACAUCCAGCGUGAGGCCCAACUUGGGGUUUGAACUUGUGAUCCUGAGAUUAAGACCUGAGCUGAAAUUAAGAGCCAGGUGCUUAACUGACGGAGCUACCCAGGCACCCCUAAAAUAAUAUUUUCAAGGUUAACAUUAUUCUGAAGAAUUUGGUGUGCAGUGUUUCAGCAUUGACUCAGCUAUAACAAUAUGACUAUUUAAGGAAUAUUAGGCACUAGUUACCCACUUAUAAUUUGGCAGAUAGUUUAUUUAAAGUUACAUACUUUAAGCCUUUUGCUUCCUAUUAUUAAUUUUUUUUUUAAGACUUUAUUUAUUUAUUUGACAGAGAGAGAUGACAAGCAGGCAGAGAGGCAGGCACAGAGAGAGGAGGAAGCAGGAUCCCUGCUGAGCAGAGAGCCCGAUGUGGGGCUCGGUCCCAGGACCCUGAGAUCAUGACCUGAGCCGAAGGCAGCGGCUCAACCCACUGAGCCACCCAGACGCUCCUAUUAUUAAUAUUUUUAAUAUGUAUGAUAUACUUGAGUGAUGUGUAUUCAUGUAAUUGACAUAUUUUUAAUCUCCAUAGACAGGUCUAUAUCAGAUAGGUAGGUAGAUAGAAAAUAACUUAUAAAUAUGAAACAGACAGUGUUUUAUCCUGUUCUUCCAGAAAGAGUGCUGUAUUUUCUCCAGAUUGUCUCAGCUCCGGCAGACCAGUUAUUUAUAUGUUUUUCUUUACGUUUUAAAGUGCUUGUUUGAAACCCUGUUCCCACUUGCCAUUGUUGAUAGCUUUGUCUUUUUUGUAUCUGCUGUCAUAUUUAGUUAUUUCAGAUUGUUGAAUUUAUCAUGAGAGUGAAUACCUUCUCUGUUGAGCAGUUGUUAUCUGAUUUUGAUGGCAUGGAAGUCCAUUCCAAUCUGUUUAUGACUUGAAAACUGCAGAAAGAAAUGACACAAGAACUAGUUAGUAGAUUCAGAAGGCUGAGCAGGUUCUUGGCCUGACUUAUCCCAAAGGGCUGGGUAGAUCUGGCUUUGGUGGAAGUCUAACCCCCAUUCUGUCCAGUGUAUAAAUGUAUCAGGCAGUAAUACUGUAACCUGACCGUGCAUGGAAAAAUCCAAGCAGCCGCCUCACUGUAUUUAAUAAAGAAUGCAUACAGAUGCCUACAGGUCAGCUGCUUAAUAGGAAAUCUCAAGGUUCUUUGAAGUAUAAUGCUAAGCUUUAAAAAGUAAAACUUGUAUGUUAAUACACAAUACACCUUGUAUGUUAAUCCAGUCAGUAGCUCUUAGAAACACACAGUUAAAGUGGUGAAUGUUAGGGAUGCUGGCAUAUCCCAGUGGGAGCUUUGGUUUUAUUGCUACUUAAUAUUUUCUAGGAAACUUGUUUUAAUUAUAGGUAGUCUGUUAGAUACUAUUUAGGAAAAAAAAAGUUGGUCUCAGUAUAACCAAACUGAUAAGCAGAGAAAUUGGAUACAAUGAAAUGUUUAAGAAUAUUGUGUGUCAUUUCAGUUUUAAAGGAAUUCUGUUUUUUUGAAAUGCUGGAAAGUCUUCCUCAAUUUGAAGGGAUGACACUCCCUGCUUGGGAAAUCAUACAGACAUUUUAAUUCCUUCUUGUCUUUGUUGAAACCAAGUGUCCAGGUUAGUAAAUGAGUUGAAACAAUAUUCAUUUAUUACUUUGCCUUUUAUCUGAAAUGAUUUGAUUCUUCAUAGUAGACAGUUGCUUUCUGUACAGUGAUUUGUUUUUUAAGAAAAUACUUUACAUGAAAAGAGAGAUUUAUGGUAAAUGUUAAUCUUAGACUAUUGAUUUAAUGGUUGAAGAAAACAGUACUGUUGGGUACUUUGAUUUGGAAAAGAAGAACACAUGUAUUCCACUGAUAUGUGCUGUCUAGAAAAAUAACUUCAUUCUGAACCAGUAUGUCACAUUCUCAUGUUGUCUUAGGGGAAAACUUUAUAAGUAGGUUAUAUAUUCUUUUCUUCCCUUUGCUAACUGUUGACAUCCAAACACCUGAAUACCAGCUGAGGCAUUUAUAUGCUAGUAUUUUUAGUAUUUAUUUGCAAAUAUUCAUAGAACUCUUGAAUUUUUGAUGCAAGUUGCUAAAUCAGAUGUAAAGGUAAAAUAUAUAUUUAAUAAGCGAGAAGUAUUAUUUUAUUACUGAAAUUUAUUUCUAAAGCAAAUUUAUUUUGUAGGUAUUUCACUUAGGAAAUUUUGCUUUGCCUUAAAACACAAACAAAGUAAACCUAUCUUGUGAUCUGCUUGCCUAAACGUUCCUUGCCGUGUAGGUGGAUUUUGAAAUUCUUUGAAAAUGUGUAUUUUUCACUUUCAUUUGGAUUAAACAAAAAUAGAGGUCACAGACUUUGUAAAUCAGUGUGUGGUUUCUUGUUGAAUCAUCAAAGCUACCUAUAUGUACUUUAUAAUUCAAUGUUUCAUUAGUAAAAAAUUGCCAACAUUUUCUCUCCCUCUUUCUCAUCUCCUUACACUUGAACUUAGUUUCCUAUCUUUCCCAUUCCCAGUGGUCACAGUUUUACAGAGCAAGACAUUUUUAGAAAUUAAAGAUGUGUGAGUUCUAUGUAAGAAGAAUGUGUUAGUAGCAUCCAUCUGCUGAUCAAAUAGGCAUUGGAUCUGCCACCAGAAAGUGAAAUAGAUUGUAGCUACAAAAGCAUUUUAUCAAUAUAAGUCGGGAAAAAAGACGAAAACUGUGAACUUCUGAUAUUUUUAAUAUAAAAACUGUGUUCCCAAUGAGUAUUUGCUCUCUGAUUUUGUGUUAAUGUUAUCACCUAUGAUUUGUACGCUAAUGCUGAUACGACAUCCACAUUCUCAACAUGAAGACAACAGUUCCUAUAGCAUAUUUUUAACAUUAAGACAUUUUUGAAAACAGAUGUCAUCUUAGAAGUUGUAUUUUUAAGUGCAAAUAAAUCAUCCCAACUUGAAGUCAA